GGUUCCUUGACAGUCUAGUCCAUACCGCCAUCCCGACUAGACGAUGGUCUCUGUCACCUCCCAACUGCGGGCCAUCAUUCGCCCGUUGGCCAUCACUUGCAUCAUUGUUCUCUUUUUCGUGUUUUUGUUUAACUACAAUUUGAGCAGCUAUCGGUCGGAGAAUUCUAUUUCGUACGUCGCACUGGGUUUAAUCGGUAAAACAUCAGAAGCGUCGAGCGUAUUAGGAAAUGCCACACCCAAAAUGUUGGCGGAAAUCAAAACGAACGCAAGUGAAAUUGAAAAAUUAACAAAUUUAGUUCCUCGUGUUGAGCAGAAAUUAAUUGAAUUAUGUCCGCUUGUUUCGCCCAAAUUAGUUGGCUGGACUAAUAUCACUUCGGAGAUGAAGGAAGCCCUUCUGAAAAUAGACCAAGUUCAAGUUGAAUUAAAAAUGAAAGAGGCCGGACUCGGAAUUGGCGGAAGAUACGAGCCGAUCGAAUGCCGAUCACGACACAAAGUGGCCAUCGUCGUCCCUUACCGAGACAGAAAAGAUCAUCUGACGGUAUUCCUGCACUAUCUGCACCCAUUUUUACAGCGACAGCAACUCAAUUACGUCAUUAUAAUCGUGGAACAAUCUGCAGGUACGCCGUUCAAUCGAGGAAUGCUAAUGAAUAUUGGUUUCAACGAAGCUCAGUUGCAGGAAACAUUUCAAUGUUUCAUCUUUCACGAUGUCGAUUUCCUACCGGAAGACGACAGCAAUCCCUACACCUGUCCGGAAGACGGAAGGCCUCGUCAAAUGUCAUUUUCCAUCGAUUACUGGGACAAUUACAAGCCGACACCUAGAAGCCAUUUCGGAGGUGUGACCGCAUUAUCCACCGCCGAUUUCCAAAGAAUCAACGGCUAUUCAAAUUCUUUCUGGGGUUGGGGCGGAGAAGAUGAUCAACUGUUUCAGCGUGUCAAAUUCAAUAAUCUGACGGUUGUGAGGGCCUUCGACGAGCAGCCAUUGCUGGUCCACAAAGCCCGCUACAAGACGCAGUCCCACCAAAAAGCCCAGCCUAAUCCAGACCGGAAACAGGUUCUCGCUGAAGGCAACGUCCGGUUCAAAACCGACGGGCUCUUCGAUCUGAAAUAUCAGCGACUCAAUUUGCAAUUCAAACCUCUUUACACUCACAUUCUCGUGGAUAUCCAGCCACGCCCAAUCAAGUCUUGAAUUUUCGUAUAACGUUGGGAGAUCCUUGGGUCUUCAGUGCUGUCAAGUUGUCAUCCAAGAUUUAAAAUGGCCAUUUUUGUAUUCUGUUAUCAUAGUCAAAAAUAUCAGAAAUUUUUUCGUUUG